CUACCUCAAAGAGUUAUAGAUAACGUUUGGGAGGCGCUGCAAAAUCUUAGUUUUGAGGGUAAACUCACAAGCCGAAUCAACAACGGUGGAGCUGUUCAAUUUUAUUUCAAAGCUGAACAUCAUCUGAUGAACGUCUUGGAGCAUAGCCCCAAGCACUGUAAUUAUUGGAUGGUAGGCGAUAUAUUGGGGGUUAUAGAUAAGGUUCGGAUUACUGAGACUACUGCAGAUGCUGAUAGUGAAGUCUACCAUCAACAGCGCUUUGAGGAAGGUGAAUCUGAUGUUUCUAUGCCAUUCCAGCAACUUCAUGGCUCAGGGACAACUCGUAAAGAUAUUGGGUCUCGCCAGUGUCGUUCUCUAGUUCCGGAUUACUCCAUGGAAAAUCUUCAUGAAUCUCCAAUCCAUCCGCUGGGUACAGUAGUUCCUGAUCCAACUCCUGUCAUUGUCUCUGCUGCCCCACAGUCUGAACCCCAACGCUAUGAGAAUGUUGAUAGAGAUGACACCAUGGCUGAAACUGUUGAAUCAAAUGCUCAACUUAAGGAGCCUAUACAACCUCCUGUUUCAGUUGGAGCCGACUUUCAGUUUCUCGCACCUCUGGUUUCUCUUUUCACUGGUUCUCCUCCACAAGAAGACAUUGAUGCUACUCGGGGCACUAAGCAUAAGGCUUUACAACUAGAUACGGAUGAUGAGGCUUCUACCAAUCGUCAAAAGAAUGACUCUAAGGAUAAGGCAAAUUUAAUGACAUACGCUCGAAUGCAGAGAAAGCAGGCGGUCCUCUCAGAUCAUAAUCAAGCUUUGAGGUUUUUCAUUGAUUUUGCUAUGGUCAAUAUGUUAUGGACAGACUUGUUUCCAUCAGCGUAUGCUCAACUACUGCAUUGGAUGGGUUCUGAUCAUCGGCCUCUAAUGGUUUAUAUAGAUUCGAAGGCCUGGAAAGCUAAGAAGUUCUUCAAAUAUGAUAAUCGCUGGACGCAUGACCCUCAGAUGCAAGCAGUAGUCUCCACAGUCUGGGAGGAAAAGUGUGAACGACUUCCUCCACAACAUUUUGGCAAAGCCAUUAUUCAUUGUUGUGAUGCUUUGGCUAGGUGGAAACGGGUUAAUAACACAAAUACCAGCAAACAAAUACAAGCAUUGCAACAGUCCCUCCAUCAUCGUACAGCUCAGGACUACUUCACUCAUUUAUACGCUACACAAUAUCCUUCUUCUGAUCCGGAGCUCUUAGCAGGUACUUCGAUUUGGAAUGAGGAAAAGCUUCAUCAUCUCUUUGCGCCACCAGAUGUGCAGACUAUCCUGAAGAUCAGACCCUCCAUCACCAAUGUAAGCGAUUCACUCUCUUGGCUUCACACACGACAUAGGCUUUAUACGGUUGAAUCUGGUUAUGCUAUUCUCUUACCUGUAGCUUCUCAGUUUUGCAAAUGUGGAAUCCACAUUGGUGAUACAUGCUUGCUUUGUGGACAAGAGGAGGAAAUGCUUAAUCAUCUUCUCUUUAGGUGUAACAUUUCACACGAGGGAACUAUGACCAGACAGGCGCCUAGUCAUGAUGCUUCCUCAAUUCCUCAGUUUUGUCGUAAUGGCUCUUCUCACUGUUGCUUUGUGGCUGCCUCAUGGACUGCACCUAAUACUGCCGCUGGUAUAGCAUGGUACCUCUAUACUAAAGAUGUAAACCUUGUCUUACAAGGUUCUUCCUCUAUCAGAUCACUACCAACUCAAGUUGAAGAUGAAGGUAUUGCUCUGAAAAUGGCUAUUCAAGAGAUACCCAAGCUUCGGUAUGAGAAUGUGGUUUUUCUAAGAGCUUGUUCCCAGUUGUAUAUCCUGCUUAGUCAAGGCUGUGAAGCUCUAACUGCUGUCCCUCUGCUUCGCUCGAUAUCUAUGGAUGUGCAGGAUAUUGUCCGUUUAGCAACACACCCAUAUCAUACUUUU